GCAAGUUCUGAAAAAGAGUGGAUCAGGACUGGUAACAUUGCGGAUAAUGUUUUCGGCGAAGUUAAGCAGAAACUGAAGAUUCAGCAGAAGGAGCUCCAAGUGUUUUGUGAGAGACUGCUCGAGGAGACUGAAGACGAGCUGUCAGCGGGAAUUCGUAGCGGAGAGUUUGAAGCAUCAGGUAGCAUAGAAGACCGUCUAUGCAGGCAACUAAUCAAACAGUGCCCAGAAAGGGAAAGAACAUCGAGCCAAGCUGAAGAGGUGCCUCAAGUCGGUCUGCGGGAUAGAAGUAACCUUCGGCAGAUGAGUGAUGUGAAGGAUGAGUUUUGAAGUUGUGACGGCCUCGAGGUUGUGAGCAAUAAUGUGGAAACUCCCUGCGAGGCAAAGCUGAAGAUGCGGCCAACGACAGUCCAGCACGAUAGCAGGGGACGGGCGGAACAUUGUGCGAAGAAGAUUGAGUUUGCCUCUCGCUUGUCCGACGGCUUUUUCACCGAUUGCGUCUCUCUGUCAGCAAUGCUGAAAGGGGGAGGUGCAAGUAGUUAACCACAGAGAAAGGAAACGUCCAUGGCACUGCCAUCACUGCCAUGAGUGGCAUGGAGGCUGGUUUUUUUUUCUUGUUGUCGAUGAAUUUUCCAUUUUUUGCCCAACACAGGCCCCGGGUAAGAGGUGCAAACAACGUAGGUGUGCACGGUAGCCCCAAAAGGCUAAAGCCCCAUGGCAGUGACAUUCACGGAGGGACUAAAGUUUUGACCGGUCACAAGGUACGACUCCCAAUCGUAAAGAUUCGGCAUUGACGGUCUUGUAGGAGGAGGACUCUUCCUUGCAGUGCUACAAGGUGGUUUUUGUGUUUUUUUCCUUCUUUUUUGUUUUUUUUUCGCAGUGCUAAUAGGCUACUUGGGUUGUCCAUCGAUGUUAGUGCGUCGUUUCUGUGCUCUCUGGUCUGCUGAAGCCGGGGUCCGAAAGUUUGCGCCAGCUCACUCUCGGGUUGUAACAGAUCUUGUAGCCCCUCGACAAGGGGUUGCAUAAGAGUGGAGACCUUCGCUUUGUGAAGCCUAGCAGGCUUGCCAAGUAGAAGCCGUAUCAAGAAAUGCGGACCGCAUAAGUGCCUGGGUGGUUGUGGAAAGGGUCAGAGCAAAGUUCAUAGGUGUC